UCUUCGGUUUGCGGCAUUUUCGUUGAAAGUUUUGCUAUGAGAAGGAAAAAUCGUAGCGGAAAAUUUUUGUAUCACUAAUUUUCGCGUAAUUUCGCUUGUUUGUCAAGCCUGUGCUCGUAAAACCGAUUCGCGAGUGAAAGUUUCUUCGUUUGACGGUAUUUUCCAGUAAAUUCAGUGGGGAUAGGUGGUGAAAAAUCUCCGGAAAGAAACGGCUCGUUAGUGGAGGCCUACUUUUGCUUUGGAGGUGGGCUAUCGAAUGCGAAGGAAAGAUGGCCGAUGGCGUGGAUAUUGAUUUGUAUGCUGAUGACCUGGAACCGGAUUUUUCGCAACCAAACGAGGAAUUUGGCGGAGAAGGUGGUGAUUUGUACGAUGAUGUGAUUACUCCGUCGGGAGACCACGGAAGGAAUAGUUCCGGCCGUGGUCCAUCGAUUGAACGCCUAGAUGGAGUCGACAGUAAUGGUGCUUAUCAUCAUCAUGGACCAGGACCGAUGAAUCAUAUGGCUCGAAGGUUUCAGUUGUACGUGGGAAACCUGUCCUGGUGGACGACGGAUCAAGAUAUUGCCGACGCCAUAGCGGAGGUGGGCGUCAAUGAUUUUCAGGAGGUAAAAUUCUUCGAAAAUCGUGCCAAUGGACAAUCGAAAGGAUUUUGCGUGGUUUCGCUGGGCUCGGAGAACAGUAUGCGGUACGUGAUGGAACGUCUGCCGAAAAAGGAGUUGCACGGCCAAAAUCCGGUUGUCACAUUACCGACGAAACAAGCUUUGAACCAGUUCGAAAGUCAGCAGAAAACAAGACCGACUCCGCCGGCUCAGGGCCAAACUAACGGGCCACCGAGACCUCCGGCGCCGAACAUGGGAAUGGGCCCAAUGGGUCCGGGAGGCCCGAUGGGUGGACCCCCGGGAGGACCCAACGGACCAGGAGGUCCACCACGUAUGGGAAUGGGACCGAAUAUGCCGCCGGGCAUGAGGCCACCCCAUAAUCAUCCCAUGCCGGGACCGAUGCACAUGGGAGGCCCGCCAGGACCCCCAAGACCACAGGGUCCGCCAAUGCAUCAAGGAAAUGGCCCUCCACAGCAAGGUCCACCACGGUUCCAAAAUCAAGGUCAAUGGAAUGGGCCGCCGAGGAUGAAUGGUCCCAGACCUGGUGGGCCGGGUGGACCGGGUCCGAUGCCCCAUAGACCGCAAAUGGUAAAUAAACCGCCUUACCCAUCACAGAGAUCACAGAGAUUCAUGGAUUAUCAAGGACCUCCGUCUCGCGGGCCAAGACCGGAUUGGAAUGGGCCUCCAAUGCAUGGUGGACCUGGUGGUUUUCCACCCGGACCCCCUGGGCCUCGUCAGGGGCCUCCACAUAUGCAAGGCCCAUCACGUGGUCCUCCGAUGGGUGGUCCUGCACCUCACGUGAAUCCCGCAUUCUUCAACCAAGGGGGCGGUCCACCUAAUCAUCCCAACGGUGGACCUGCACCGCAUGGUCCACCGUCCGGACAAGGUCCUCCGCCCCAUUUCAAUCCACAGGGAGGAGCAGCACCCCGUGGUCCCUGGCCAGGUCCCGGUGGAAAACCUCCUGGAGGUCCAUUUCCAGAGCAUAAUAUCGCUCCGCAACUAAGUGAAGCAGAAUUCGAAGAGAUUAUGACCAGAAAUCGCACCGUCAGUAGUUCAGCUAUUGCCAGAGCCGUCUCGGAUGCAGCCGCUGGGGAAUACUCGAGUGCAAUUGAAACUCUAGCCACGGCGAUAUCCCUAAUCAAACAAUCCAAGGUCGCACACGACGAGCGGUGCAAGAUUUUAAUCAGCUCGCUCCAGGAUACUUUGCAUGGCAUCGAGACGAAGAGCUACAGCCGACGAGACAGGUCCAGAUCCCGCGAUCGUACGUCGCAUCCUCGUUCGAGAUCACGCCGGGAGAGAUCUACCUCUCGCGGAUACCGGGAACGAUCCCGUGAGCGAGAUCGCGGAGGAGAUCGUGAUCGUGACCGCGACCGGGAACGUGACGGGUCUAGACGCUCUCGUCCCCGCAACAAAACUCCGGAGCCAACGGCGGAAAAUUCAACGGACAACUCCAAACGCUACUAUAACGAUGAUCGCUACAGGUCGUCGGAUCGUGAUCGUGAACGUGAGCGUGAUCGUGAGCGCCGCGAGGAACACCGUUCCCGGCACUAGGUUGCACAUCUCAAACGUUGCACCUUUUGAAAGAAUGCUACUACAAGCGUUCGAUAUUUGAUCGACACGCUUUCGAACUUUUUUUUUACAUUUUACACGCUGCCAAGUUGUAGUCCUGUUACAGACUAUGAUACAGCAGCAGCAGUUUUGGAAAUCCGCUUCAACAUUCUUCAGACAAACUUUAUUUGACUUCUUUUUGUAUAUGUUCGCGAAAAGUAAGCCCUCCCAACAUUAGUUUCUAGGGAAAAUGUUUAGACUUAUACUCAUUGGUCUAUUGUUCGAAAUGAACAACAAUCUGAAUUUUAACACUUGAGAUAGUGUAGGAUGUACCCUGAAUAUAAGGGUACUAGUCCGAAAUAGGCACGUCAUUCUCCCAUUGAACAUUGGGACAGUUGAAUGCAUAUUUCAUUGCGAAAUGCAAUUCGAAGUCAAACGUAAGAAAACAUAAAUUAUACAUGUGGUUCAUAUACCGCUGAAUAAAUACUAAAGAUAAUUGUAUCUACUAAAAUAGUAAUAAUUGUAACAAUCGGCUCUCCGUUCCGCCACGUACACCGUUAGACAUCAAUCAAUACCCCGCAGCAAGGAAAUGAAAUCAAAAUUCAACAUUUCUUCCAUCCAUCUCAACCACUUCAUCUGCUCCGGAAGUAUUCUUGGAACGGCUUGCAUCGUAGGGUUCCACAUCGAUGUUUCGCUUUUGUGGCAAGCCCCGGGAUCACCUCGUUAGCGGUAUGCAGCCUGGUACGCUGGACGAGCAGUUAAGCGAAACCGCUAGGCAACCUGGAUCCUACCGUUGCAUCAGUGAAUAGAGCAGCAAAAAAAACUAAGAAGAUUGUAUUCAAUUUAUUGAUUAAACAACUAACGAUGAUAACCAAAAAAAAAAAAGAAGAAAAAACAAACAACCUGUACUGUGUAUUUUUCUAUAGCUAAGUAAGAGUUAAAAUUGUGAAUUUAUAAGACUAUUAUCCUUUAAGUUGUUUUAGUUCGACAUUAUUAAUUGUAGUAUCUUUUUCUGUUCUUUUCAUUUCAAUCUAUUCCCGAUUAUUGUGAUACUUCGAUUCUGAGGGAGUAGAAUCUUUUGUUUUGUAUUUUGUUUUAUUUAUUUUAUGCAUCAUGUAUGCCAAAGAUAUCACUAAUUGUAAAUAGUAACGAAAAGACUGAUGUAAUAUUUUUGUGUGACUGGUAGGCGUUGCAAAUUGUUAUACUCAAUACAAAAUCUUUACGUGAGAUUGGUGUGGGUACUAAUUAAAGCAUGAUUGUCAACACUUCAUAAUUCUUAAUCCUGUGAUAUUUUAGUAAUAAGGAUUAGAGUACAAAGCUAUUCUUGUAUGAUUUAAUUUUUAUUUUUGUGAUCCAACAUCAGUUUUAAAGGCCCACAUCACACACACCAAUGUAACGUUACUAUUAGGUUCGGUUAAAACAUUUACACACCCCAUGUAAAGCUCAGUAUCCAGAUCAGGAGUAUAACGCUCAAGUAAAACUUUCUUCAGAGCAAUUCGUACAGUUGAUCCUCUUUGUGCGAUACUUAACUAUUCGUUAUUGCAAUUGCGUUAUCCAAACUGUUCUUGUCAUUACUAUUGUGCACCCUGUUGAGAUCUGGAUACUAGGCUUAAUAAGCGAAUAAGGAAUCCAAGUAUUUCUUCACAUUUUCCGGUGAAGAACAGGUUUGUCAAUUUUCUGCCAAUAGCCUUCUUACUGUAAUACAUUGUAACAGUAUCAGUUUAUCUCUUCAUGUUCUACAAUGAUCUUGAAAGUGUUUCAAAAAUGUUCAAGGUAAAAGUAGCUUGAUGUUAAAUAUGAACUUCAUUUUCAAAUACAACUCAGUUUUCAUAAUUUGGAACAUAUUUGAGCAGUACCCAAUGUUCACUCAACGAAAGGGUGGUAUUUAGUAGCAAACAAAUCAUUGUAAAAGAAUCGAUUGUAGAACAUUUAGCAUACCUUGUUUCACUGCGAUUUUGAAACUGUCAAGGCAAUCAACAAAAUAUAUAAUUUUCAUGGAA